AUGGUCCCAAUUAUCUCAGCGGGUCUCGUCCUCCUGUCCUCCCUCCAGUGGGCUUCGGCUGCGUCGAUCGUUGAACGACAGGCCACGGGCGACGCGGAAUGCCGCAACGUUCACAUCUUCCUCGCGCGCGGGAACAAUGAACCAUACCCCGGCCGUCAGGGAAAACUCGUCACCGCUAUUUGCGACGGGCUCGACAGCUGUGAUUACGAAGACAUCCAGUUCUGGAACCCGUUGCCAGCGCCGUAUUGCGAAUCUAUUGAGGAGGGCGUCGCCAAUGGAACCACGCAAAUUACUGCAUACAACAAGCGGUGUCCGGAUGCGAAGCUUGUUGUGAGCGGAUACUCUCAGGGCGCCCACGUUGUUGGCGAUAUAUUGGGUGGCGGAGGCGGUACUUUCUUCCAAAAUUGCCAGGAGACGUCGAAUGCGGGCUUAGACGCGACGAAAGCUCCAGGGAACAAGAUCGCUGCCGCGCUCGUGUUCGGCGACACAAGACAUACCGCCAAUCAGCCGUACAACUAUCUCACGGGUGCCGCGGCAAAUGGACUAUUUCCUCGCCCAGCGGAUCAGCUUGCGGGGUUGAUGGCCUUCUCAAGCGUGAUGCGCUCGUACUGCGUCGACUCUGACCCAAUUUGCGCUAGCGGCAACAACGCGAGCAACCAUCUCAACUACUUUGAUAUUUAUUCCACCGACGCUGGGAAGUGGGUGCAGGAGAUGUGCAACGACCGCAAGCGUCUCGGCUUCAGCCUUACCGACGACUGGAGGAGCAACUCUGGCAUCCCCAUCAUCCGAUAA